CAUGAACUACGCUCAGUUUUUGACAGCUGUAAGUGCAGCUCGGAAGCCCUCCCAUCAUCCGAAUGUUGACUGAGCUCCAGCAGAGGGCUCCCCUCUCCAUGAUCUCCCUGGCCGGAGGGGCUCCCAACCCCAACACCUUCCCCUUCCAGUCCUGCUCCAUCCAGGUGAAGAAUGGGGACACGCUUAUCUUCAACGAGACCAUGAUGAAGAGGGCUCUGCAGUACUUGGCCUCCAGCGGAAUCCCAGAUCUGUUGACUUGGAUGAAUAACCUGCAGAAGAACCUUCACAACCCUCCUACAGCCAACUACAGUGCAGAGAAGGGUCAAAUGGAUAUGUGUGUUACAGGAGGGCUUCUGCAAGGUAUGACUAAGGUGUUUGAAAUGCUUGUCAAUCCUGGAGACAACGUUCUACUCCACGCACCUACCUACUCUGGAACUCUCGCUGCACUCCAGCCGCUGGGGUGUAACCUCAUCAACGUGCCCAGUGACCAGCACGGUAUGAUCCCGGGGGGCCUGAAGGAGGUGCUGUCCCGCUGGGAUCCGGCAGACGUCCACAAGCCACACAGCACCGCACCCAGGGUCCUCUACACCAUCCCCAACGGAGGAAACCCCACCAGGGCCUCCAUGACCACCCAGAGGAAGAGGGAGAUCUACGAGCUUGCGAGACAGUAUGACCUCCUUAUUAACGAGGAUGACCCCUAUUACUUCCUACAGUUUGAAAAGGUAAAAAUUGUGUCAUUGUUUCAUGCUGAGAAUAGGCUUUGUGACUGGGCCCAAGCUGCUGGUGGACAGAGUGGUACUACACAUCCAGGCUUCUACGAUGCACACCAGCACCUUCACACAGGUGAAUGA